CCGGUGAGCGGAGACGAGAAAUUCAUCAUAACAUUUGCAACUUCAACAUCAUGGGCCCCAGCUUACACACACCGUUCUAUAUCAAAAUCCGCAUCCCCAUCCGCAUCUCCAUCCCUUUCCCCGUCACCUUAAACCAGCAACCAUGGCCAACACCCACCCCAUCCUCAACAUCGUUCACGCCUCCAUCUCAGACCUCCCGCAACCCGCGCCCAUAUCCGUCCGCGAAAUCCGCAACAACAACAACAACAACAACAACAACAACAACAACAACAACAACAACAACAACAAUAACAACAACAACAACAACAACAACUUCCCGAACAGGGCUAUGACCGCUGUCCACGGCAAUGGCUACUACAACGUUCAGAACUCACGGAUCCUGCUGGCACCUGGAGAUAGAGACGGGGAUGGAGACGGGGACGGCGACAAGGAUCCAACGCUGCCGCCGCCGAUAAGUCCUGGAUGCCUCAGGGAGAGGAUUGGCCGGCCAAUGCAUGGAGGCGGGUAUUUUAGCGCGGGGUCGCAGUGCAUCAUCGAACAGAGGGAUAGAGAUCCGGUGUGGUGCGAGAGGGAGCAGGGGCAGAGGAGGACGGCGACUAUGCCCGUGAACAGUAGUGCGGGGAUACAGCCGGUAGGUCAGGUGGGGCGCUGUUUGACCGGUACUACCGGGUAUAGCCAGACGCAGGUGCCGGUUGGGUACAAGACGGUGAAGAAGAGCAGGUCGUGGGCGUUCUGGCGGCGGUAGUAGGGUGGGCUUGUCGGAUACUUCUGUAAUACAUCCAGCAG